UUUUAGGAAUUGGAUUUGGGUUCUAUCAAUAAUAAUCAAUUGAGACACUUAUCUCUCUCAAACUGCCCCAGCCGAGCAGACAACGCUCACAACCCUCACAUCUCACCCUCUUCGUGAAUCGUGACCCACCGAAGGCCCUGAGCUAUACACGCGUUGCCGCCAAGUUAUUCGUCCUAGCCGCCCCACGUGAAAAGGGAAAUUUUUUCAAGAUUAUGGGUCCAUAACAUCACAUUCUCCACUUAAUUCCACUGACUAGUAUAGGCGAAACCCAAAAUUUGCUGUCUCCUCUUGGAGAAGGAAGCACACCAACCGUUUGAUUAAAUGUCCAUCUGACUCCAUUGUUGUUUGACUCAAUCGUUGUUUCUCCUUUCGUCGACCAUGAGGCUAUACGAUGUGUUUGCGGAGCUUCUACACAUUCAGAUGCUUCGAAGAGUUGUGUCGUAUACUGGAUUCUUUUGCUUCACGGCGGGCUUGAGCUACGCUUACACAAGCAAUACAACUAGAGCUGGGUAUUCUCGCGGUGAUCAAUUCUAUGCUUCCUACCCAGCAGGAACCGAGCUCUUAGUGGAUACUACAAAGUUGUACAAGGCUGCGCUUGGAAAUUGCUUUGAGACAGAAGAAUGGGGACCUAUUGAGUACUCCAUCAUGGCAAAACACUUUAAUCGUCAGGGCAAUUCGGCAUAUGAGUAUCAUUCUCUAUACAUGGCACACCUUCUCUCUCUUGGACAAAUUGAUGGAAGUGGCUAGAAAGAAAAUAUCAUUGGGCUGUUAAAUGAUAAUAGCAACAAUAAAAAAUUCAAAGCAAAGCAAAAGCAAUGUCUGUACUUAACUGGAUUCUAGAGGAGCAAGUAAUGUGAUUAAUGAGUAUAUGAGAUGUGUCUCAUCUGAUUCUCUUGAUAAAUUUGCUCCAGUUUUUAUAACACUAUUGCUAUAAUUUGACCAACAUGUAGUUAUUGAAGAAUUCAUAUCUAUGUAUCUAUGUUUUCCCAUCAAUUUCAUGGCAUCUGGAGUCUUGUGUUUGUGCAAUA